AUGUCAGCGGGAAUACCUUCCUCAACAGCACAAGUUCAGAAAUCCGCCGAGAUGUCUACCAGUGCCAGUUCGAACGGGAGUGAUUUGGGGAUUGAGAGCACGGAUAUCAAGACCGCGACUGGCGUGAGCUUGAGUUCGCAGCAAAGGGUGCUAGUUGGCGGUGUCCUUGAUUUAUUUGCAGGCAAACCAACCCUCAAAAAACUCCAGCUCUGGACCGACGACGCAACGUUUGCCGAUCCGUUGACAAAAGCCGAAGGGAGGAGGCAGUAUGAGGCGCAGUGGUAUGGGUUGAAAGCCGCCUUCUCUGAGAUCGAACAACUCCACCAAUCCGUAACCUCCUCUGGAAACCCAAUAACAAUGGAUCUCAAAACGAGGUAUAAAGUCAAAGGAGUAGGCAGCGAGCAAACAAUCGAGUCUGUCAUCAAGAUUCACACCACGCCUUCGGGCGACCGUAUCACACAGGUCGAGGAUCGGUGGAAUGGGAAUAUACCCGAGGGGGCUUUUGCGAAGGCUUUUCGGAAUCUGAAUAGUGUCGUUGUCCCGGCCUUUGUGAGUGUGCCGAAGAGUAGUGAGGAGGAAGAGGGAAAAGGGAAGUAG